AGAGAUAAAUACGAACUGCCAAAACAGAAAUAUAUUUUACAAUCAUUUUAUAAUUUUUGAAUAUCAAGAUGCAAUCUGAUGGGUCUAUAGCCGAUCAUCACGUUUAUGUUAUACCAAGUAAAUUGAUCAAAACUACCGACGAUAUGCGGAGUUGGGAAAAAUCGGAAACUUAUUAUGAAUAUUUGGGUUUUAUCUAUACCCUUAACGAUUCCAUCAAAGGCAAGACCAUCGAACAGGCAACAGUUAAUGCUUCCAAUCAGAUAAAUAAGACAUGCGAAUUAUUAGAUAUAAUAGAGAUUUGGAUGCAGGAAUAUCCUCCAGUUGAACAUUGGGAAGAGAAAUGCAAUCCAGCAUUUAGAGAUUGGUACGAAAGAGUGAGACAACAAGCCAUUAAUUUACUUCAAAGUAUUAUACCAGAAGUUUUGCAUAGAGCAAUACCAGAAAUAAUGAUCUAUUUUGUGGAAGGCUUCGGUAAUUCUACAACGGUUGAAUAUGGAACCAUUCAUGAACUAUCGUUUCUUUUAUUUUUAUGUUCUCUUUUUAAAAUUGGAUAUUUGAAACCGUCCGAUGUAUCAGCAGCAGCCUGCAAAGUACUUUUAAGGUACCUGAAAUUGACUCGAAAGUUACAAAUGACUUACCAGAUGGAACCAUUUGGAAGCGAGGGGGUGUGGAGUCUAGACGAUUAUCAAUUUGUACCCUUUAUUUGGGGAAGUUCCCAAUUAAUUGAUACCGCAUUAUUGAGCCCUUCCAGUUUCCUUAAAGAAGCAAUUGUUCACAGAUAUUCGUCCAAAUAUAUGUUUUUUAAUUGCAUUGAGCAUAUCAACAGGAUAAAAUCUGGUCCCUUUGCUGAACACUCAAACCAAUUAUGGAACGCCAGUGGGCUUUCAUCUUGGGCUACAGUUAAUUCUAGUCUUAUAAGAAUGUAUCGGGAAGCAGUUUUAAGCAAAUUUGAUUUAGUUCAACAUAUAAAUUUUGGAUCGGUGUUCACUCUUAAUCCAGCUGAACCAGGUUCGAGUAUCAGAAGACCAAAGGCAAGUAUAGCAACUCUACAUAAAUCUUUGGCAAACGUGGAAUUUACCGGACGUGGAAUAAGGAGUCUAAUAUCUGCAGAUAUACGCAGCGACGUAACAGGGGCUGCAGGAAAAUCUAGUAAUGCGAGCAGCUUUAGUCGAGAUUAUGAUAGAUUAUCCGAGGUGAAUAAAAAAGGUCAUCAAGAUUCAAAAUUAUCCGAUGAGAAACAUUUUAAAGAAGAUGAUUUAACAAGCGAGAACCUACAAAAAACUCCACAGACAUCUUUUGACAAAGAUUCUAUGUUCAAAGAAGAUACAAAUUUGGAUAAAGCGAAUGCUGAUUUUAACACUCGUAGAAGUAAAAAUGCUUCAGUAACCAUAGUCCUUGAUACUGAGUAUGAUGAAAUAUAAGAGAUUAGUCAAAAAGAGACGAAGAUAUAUUUUAAUAAUUUAUUAAAUUGAAAUGUAAUUAUUUUCAUGGUGAAUAAAAUGUAUUAUUCCUUU